AUGGCUGGUAUUGAGGCUAAGCAGCCGAACUCUGCCAUCAGAAAAUGUGCUCGUGUGCAGCUGAUUAAGAAUGGGAAGAAGAUCGCUACAUUUGUACCCAAUGAUGGUUGCUUAAACUAUAUUGAGGAGAAUGAUGAAGUGCUGAUUACAGGGUUUGGACGGAAAGGGCAUGCCGUCAGAGAUAUUCCUGGGGUCAGAUUCAAGGUUGUGAAGGUAUCCGGAGUGUCCCUUCUUACUCUCUUCAAAGAGAAAAAGAAGAAGCCCAGGUCUUAGGUUUUGUUGGGAAAACUUAUCUUUACCUCUUGAUUUGCUAUGCCAUAUUGAUUUCUUUUUCCUUGACAAUUAUGUCAUCUUGAUGGAGAUGUUGCACUUCUAGAUAGUGAUUUUGGUAGACAAUUACAAAGAGUGAUUUUGGCAAACAA